AUGAAUGAUAUUGUUUUAGGGGAAGAUGAACAACUUGAACUGGGUAGUGAAUCCCAUGACUCCUAAUUGUUGCCUCAACCAUAAUAAUAUGUUGAAGAGAAAUUGGAAGAUAUAAUCUAAUAAUAACCUAUAUUUUUUGAAUAAGAAAUUCAAUCAGGAAAUUUCAAUGUAUUAAUAUUACACACUCCAGAAAAUUUAGAUGAAUUAGAUUCAUCAGGAUACGCAUUGAUUCAUCAUGCCAUUUCAUUUGAAAGAUUAGAUAUUGUUAAAUAUUUGCUUUUAAAGGGUGCAAAUCCGUUAAACAAGUCUCAAAUUGAAUAAAGUUGCUUGAUGAUGUCAUGUCAUUUUGGAAACUAGGAAUUAGUUAGACUCUUUAUUGAUUUAGGAAAUAAAAUCAAUGAGCAAGAUAACUUAAUAUUUACACCUCUACUUUAUGCUAUUAAAUGUAAUUAAUAAUUGAUCGCCCUCUAUUUAAUUGCUCUAUAAGCUAAUACAGAUGUGAAGGAUAAUGCUGGCUGCACCAUUAUGCAUUGGGCUGCCUAUACAAAUGAUGUGUAUAUGCUCAAAUAUUUUGAAGGGGAGAUGUCAUACAAUCAAUAGGAUUCGAAGGGCAAAACUCCUUUAAUCAGAGCGAUCUCAAAUUACUCUAAUGAUGCUGUUGAAUAUCUGCUUAGAGCAUAUCCAGAUCUUAUGCCAAAUUAAGAAACAGAUUUGAAGACUUAGGCUAUAAAAAAAAUAGUAGAAACUAUUCAAUUUGAAGUAUUCAUAAAAAAGCAUAACACAAAAUUAGUUCAAUAUAUAAUUGUGGGUGUAUCCUAUUUGAUGAUUGGGUUUCUUAUUGCAUGCAAUUUUUUGAGGUUAAAAAGCGAUGAUAGUUAUGGUUAUAGCAUAUCCUUAAUCUCCUUAAUUUUUACACUCUACAGCUUAUUUUAUUGCCUCAUCUUUUUAUCUAAGACUACCAACAGACAAGAUGAAGGCAAAUAGAUAUCUAAAAAUUUAGCACAUCCUAAAAUAAAUUAUGAAUGCCAUAGCAAUGAUACUAGGGAACACAGACAUCAUAUUUUGGAAGAGGAUGAAAUGUAAGAUGAUUUGGAAAAUAGGGAUUAAUCAAAUCUAUCAGAAUUAUUGAGAGCAGUUAAGUUGCAUUUUGAGAAAGAUGAACAAUUUAUUAAUUUUGAUAUAUCUAGGACUUGUCCUAAAUGCAAAAUCAUCUAAAAACCAUAAGUUUAUCACUGUGAACAUUGCAAUAUCUGUGUCAAAGGAUUUCAGUUUCACUCUAUAUACUUGAAUAAAUGCAUUAAUAACACUAAUCAUUUUUUUUAUGUGGUCUUGUUGCUAACAUACUUUAUCACUUUUAUAAUUAAUGUUUACUCUUCUUUUUACACAAUAUCGAAUGAUCAAGUAAGCAUUACUUUGUUCUUUUUCAUCCCUGUAUUUUCCAAUAAUAGUAUAAUUGAAUUAAUAGCCUACUAUGGAAUGAUUUUUGGAAUAUAUCACACAUCAAUUAAUUUAAUAGUUUAGGUUGUGUGUAUCUUUUCCAAUUUGACUGAACAUGAGUUAAUGAAUUCUGAGUAAUACAAAUAUCUAUACGAGCUUGUAUUAAUCUAAGAAUUUUACUACAUGAAACUGAGAAAAAUAGGAGAUAUAUAUGAUAAUAUUAAGACUUACAUUUGGAAUCAAUAUAAUGAACUAAGAAUCUUAUGA